CUGGGGCUGCGCCACUGCUCGGCGUCGGAGGCCGCGCUGGCCCGGGCAGGCCCUGCCCCGCGGCCCCUCCCAGGCCGCGGCCUCGCAGACCUCUUGGAAGUGUAAACAAUGGAGGACGAAGAAAACCAAGUGCAACUCCUGAAUGAAAAGCAGGUGCCGAACUCUGAAAGUGGUUAUGUGUGGCAUGUCACCGAUAUGAAUCGACUGCAACGUUUCUUGUGUUUUGGUUCAGAAGGUGGUACUUAUUACAUCAAGGAGCAGAAGCUGGGCUUUGCAAAUGCAGAAGCUUUAAUAAGACUGAUUGAAGAGGGUAGAGGUUGUGAAGUUGUUCAAGAAAUAAAGACAUUUAGUCAAGAAGGCAGAGCAGCAAAACAGGAGCCCCUGCUUUUUGCUCUUGCAAUUUGCUCACAGUGUUCUGAUGCAAAAACGAAACAAGCGGCAUUUAAAGCUGUUCCUGAGGUGUGUUGCAUACCAACCCAUCUCUUUACUUUCAUCCAAUUUAAAAAAGAUCUGAAGGAGGGCAUGAAAUGUGGCAUGUGGGGCCGUGCGCUGAGGAAAGCUGUUGCAGAUUGGUACAAUGGAAAGAAUGGCAUGGCUGUUGCUUUAGCAGUUACAAAAUAUAAACAAAGAAGUGGUUGGUCUCAUAAAGAUCUUCUGAGGUUGUCCCACCUCAAACCUGCCAGUGAAGGAAUUGCUGUAGUCACUAAAUAUAUUACCAAAGGGUGGAAAGAUGUCCAAGAGGCUUAUAAAGACAAAGCAGUUUCUGCUGAGACUGAAAAACUCUUGAAGUAUCUGGAGGCUGUGGAGAAAGUAAAACGCACAAAAGAUGAAUUGGAAGUUACUCAUUUAAUAGAGGAAUAUGGUCUAGUUAGAGAGCAUCUCCUGACAAACCAUCUGAAAUCUAAAGAGGUUUGGAAGGCAUUGCUGAAGGAGAUGUCUAUUUCUGUAUUGUUGAGAAAUUUAGGAAAGCUGACAGCAAAUUCAGUGCUUGAACCACGAGGUUCAGAAGUGGCAAUAGUAUGUGAAAGACUGAGAAAUGAGAAACUGCUAAAAAAGGGUAAAAUACAUCCAUUCCAUAUUUUGGUUGCAUUAGAAACCUAUAAAGCUGGACAUGGAAGCAGAGGGAAGCUUUGGUGGCGUCCUGAUGAAGAUAUUUUAGAAGCUUUAGAUGCCUCGUUUUACAAAACUUUCAAGACAGUUGAACCAACAGGAAAACGCUUCUUACUUGCAGUUGAUGUCAGUGCAUCAAUGACACAAAAAGUUUUGGGCAGCGUGCUCAAUGCUAGCACAGUUGCAGCAGCAAUGUGUAUGGUUGUAGCACGUACUGAGAAGGAUUCCCAUAUUGUUGCCUUUUCACAUGAAAUGGUCCCUUGCCCAGUGACAGCUGAUAUGACGUUACCUCAAGUAUUAGUGAAAAUGUAUGAAAUUCCAAUGGGUACCACUGAUUGUUCCCUUCCAAUGAUAUGGGCUCAAAAAACUCAGACAGCUGCUGAUGUCUUCAUUGUAUUUACGGAUAACGAGACCUUUGCUGGAAAUACUCAUCCUGCAACAGCUCUUAGAGAGUACAGAGAGAAAAUGGGUAUUCCUGCUAAACUGAUUGUUUGUGGAAUGACCUCAAAUGGUUUUACCAUCGCAGAUCCAGAUGACAGAGGCAUGUUGGAUAUAUGUGGCUUUGAUACAGGAGCUUUGGAUGUUAUUCGAAACUUCACUUUGGAUUUGAUUUAAUUUUCUAGGCGUCUGCUCUUCCCAGUGGGUCCAUUGCUGGCAACAGACUUCACCCUGGGAACUCCCAGCCAAAUAUAC